AUGUCAUACAACAAAAACCAGAUCUUCUUCUCGGUCGAUAACCAGACGCCCUUCACCUUAGUCCCAAAUCCAACCACAUUCAGUGACUGGGGAGACUUUGGCGCAGGCCCGACAACAAUCAAACCUUUCCAAAAAGGAGACGCCGGCCAUGUAAUAUCGUCGAAAUCACCAUUCUGUGGCUCCGCAGGAAUAGUCGGGUAUUCACUCACCAGCAAGAAUGGCGCCACUAUUUACAUUCGCUUCCUUGCAAGUAACCCGUACCUGAGCGUUCGAGACAACUGGGCAUGCGUCUCGUUAUCUUCUAUCGACCAGGGCAUCAACCAAGACACUUACAAUCACCAUUAUUACAACGAACCUCAGCAUGCCAGCAUGUCCUUUGAAGAGAGGACUCUUAACCUUACUUCGAAUAUUGGUCAUGCAGACCGGGCGACGGCAACGUUCGUUUUGACUUACGUGUAA